AUGUCUUCGGCCGAAAGAACCCAAGACCUCACCAAAAGCUCCACUGGUCAAGAUUCUAAUGCCUCUGAGCACAAUGUCUUUGGCCGUCGGAGACUCAGUCUUGUCAUCGUUGCAUCCCCCACACUGGGCAGCCUCAUGUGCGGUGCAGCCAACAACGCAGCCACUCUCUUGACUGGACGGGCCAUCCAGGGCAUUGGCAGCGGUGGCAUCAACAUGAUUAUCGAGGUCGUCAUCUCAGACCUCGUGCCUCUUCGCCAGAGGGGAUAUUUCAUGUCCAUCGUUCUUUUGGUGUACGGCCUCGGGCUAGGUACCGGACCUCUGAUCGACGGAAGUCUUGCGCAGUACGUGGGA